AUGGCUUCCUACCUUGUCACCGGAGCAUCUCGUGGACUUGGUUUCGAGUUCCUUCGUCAACUAUCCGAUAACCCGGCGAACACAGUAAUUGGGCUUGUUCGUGACCUGCAGAGCACUAAGGAAAAGGUGUCCAAGGAGCUGAAGCGGGACAACAUCCACAUCUUGCAAGCAGAUCUUAACAACUACGAAACAAUCAAAAAUGCCGUUGCGGAUGUCUCGAAGAUAACUGGCGGUAGUCUCGACUGUCUCAUCGCGAAUGCGGCGUUUAUAUCCACGUGGUCGGCAUUCGACGGCAUUGGUGUCUUAGGCAGCGACCUCAAGCGACUGGACGAAGACCUGCUUGAUUCAUUCAAGACAAACGUCGUCGGCAACGUGCACCUGUUCAACCUGUUCAUGCCACUGGUUCAGCAGGGAACUCUCAAGAAGAUCGUCACGGUUUCUUCAGGAAUGUCUGAUCUGGAAUUCAUUUCAAAGUCCGGCAUCGAGGUCGCGGCGCCUUAUUCCAUAAGCAAGGCUGCGAUGAACACAGCGGUAGCCAAAUUCAGCGCUCAGUAUGCUCAAGAUGGAAUUCUUUUCUUUAGCAUCUCUCCCGGUGUGAUAGACACCGGGCUCUACGACGACGCUACAGAUGAGGAAAAGCAGCGAGGAAUGGCAAUUCUCGUCAAAAUGGCAAAGUAUGCGCCGCACUUCACCGGUCCAUCAACCGCAGAGUCAUCUGUCAAGAGUAUGCUUUCAGUGAUUGAGAAGGCGAGUGUCGAGGGGGGAUACGGCGGCUCUUUUAUUUCGCAUCAUGGAAACAAGGAGUGGCUUUGA